UCUCGGAGCACCGUGGGUUUGUUUCUCCUCUCGCGAGAUUAGUUCGAGCGCCCAACAUGGCGGAUCCGGAAGGAGAAACGCUGGAGUGCUGGCUUAAUAAAGCCACAAACCCUUCCAACAGAGUGGAGGACUGGGAGUACAUUAUUGGAUUUUGUGAUCAAAUCAAUAAAGAACUGGAAGGUCCGCAGAUUGCUGUUAGAUUAUUGGCUCAUAAGAUCCAGUCUCCGCAGGAAUGGGAGGCCCUGCAGGCCUUGUCAGUUUUAGAAGCUUGUAUGAAGAACUGUGGAAGAAGAUUUCAUAAUGAAGUUGGAAAAUUUAGAUUUUUAAAUGAGUUAAUUAAAGUUGUUUCUCCUAAGUACCUGGGUGACAGAGUGUCUGAGAAGGUUAAGAGGAAGGUGAUUGAAAUGCUGUACAGCUGGGCUGUGGCACUUCCAGAUGAAGCAAAGAUAAAUGAGGCCUACCAGAUGUUAAAGAAGCAAGGUAUUGUGUCUGUAGAUCCUGAGAUUCCAGUAGAUAAGACUCUCAUUCCAUCUCCUCCUACCCGGCCAAAAAAUCCUGUAUUUGAGGAUGAAGAGAAGAGUAAGAGGCUGGCUGAGCUGCUGAAAAGUAAAAACCCUGAAGAUCUCCAGGAAGCCAAUAGACUCAUAAAGAACAUGGUUAAAGAGGAUGAAGCCCGCAUGCAAAAGGUCACAAAACGUGUGAAUACAUUAGAGGAGGUGAAAAAUAAUGUGAAACUUCUGAAUGAAAUGUUGAUCCAUUUUAACAAAGAUGAAUCGUCUGAUGCUGACAAGGAACUUAUGAAGGAGUUGUAUGAUCGUUCAGACAAGAUGAGACGUACUGUUUUCAAGCUUGCCACUGAAACAGAAGAUAAUGACAGCAGUUUAGGUGAUAUUCUGCAAGCAAGUGAUGACCUAUCUAGAGUGAUAAAUUCUUAUAAAAGAAUUGUCGAGGGGCAGACAGUAAAUGGAGAACUUGAUAUUCCAGCAUCAGAACAAAAUGAAGGCUGCAAGAACAAUGACCAUUCAGAAGCACUCAUUGACCUGGUUGGCCUUGAAAUUGUUAGCCCAGCUGUGGCUGAACCUGCACCAGUACCAGAUAAUCCACUGGUUUUACCAGCUAUACCAGUCUUGCCACCCCCACCCUUACCAUGUUCCUCGGCUACAUCCCAGAGUCGCUCCUCAAGCCAAACAGAACAUUUCUCAAGACAGCCCUCUACAGCCUUGUCUUUACUAGAUGAAGAACUGUUGUCUCUAGGUUUAAAUGAUCCAUUACCCAUAGUAAAUAAUGGAAGUGAAGAAAAUGCCCAUAACAGCCAGUGGGCAGUGCUACAGGUAUCUUUUGAUAAGACAUCAGACAACAAUUUAGACUUCCUCAGCCAAGCUUUGCCAAAGGCAGCACCCUCAUCAAGUUCAGCUUCAUGGACAGCUUGUGGAAGUUAUGCAUCUGUUGCCAGCAUGCCAGCACCAGUUCAGGAAAUUGGACAAUCGACACCAGCCUUAGACAGUGCUGUCGGAAGAGUUCAACAAGGGGACUCCAAAGGAAUCUCUGACCAGCUAGAUCCAGCGUCUUUGUUCAAUGACAUCCAUGGUACAAUCUCUGGCUCCAGUGCUGUAGCGGCACCUCUCAUUUUCCACGAUGUAAGAAAGACGGUGGCUUCUUCCUCCACCCCUGGAAGUCCACUUUUCCAGUAUCCCUCACCCGUUCACCUGUCGUCACAAGGAAGUCCUGCCAAGAUGGCUGAAGUUUCACUGGCCAAUGUCCAUGUUCCUCUGGAGUCUAUAACUCCCAGCAAAGUUCUUCCUGUGACUGCCUAUGACAAAAAUGGCGUGCGAGUUUUGUUCCACUUUGCCAAAGAUUGCCCGCCAGGCAGACCUGAUGUGCUGGUAAUCGUCGUCUCCAUGCUCAACACUGCCCCUCUACCAGUUAGAAAUGUUGUCCUGCAAGCGGCUGUGCCCAAGUCCAUGAAAGUCAAAUUGCAGCCUCCUUCUGGGACAGAAUUGGCAUCCUUCAACCCAGUUCUCCCACCAGCGGCCAUUACACAAAUUAUGCUCCUGGCUAAUCCAACUAAGGAACGAGUUCGGUUGCGCUACAAGCUGACCUUUAUGCUCGGGGAGCAGCAAUGUGACGAAGUAGGGGAGGUGGACAAGUUCCCAUCAGCAGAGAACUGGGGGAGUCUAUAGCAGCAUCAAUGGACCCCCAUGUGACUGAGCCAGGAGCCCCUCCAUAAUGAAUGUUUCAUUUAAUAGGCAAUGAAGAACGUAUUUCGGAAAAGUUUAACAGACACCAAGAACAGGUCAGGAAAUUUAACAUUCAAACAAGACGAAAAGCGUCCUUAGAGGCCACUGGACAGUAACUGGGUUGCCCCGGACCACCAGCCAUUUUUUUUUUACUGGUUAAAUUGAUUUUUUUUUUUCUUGUGUUAUGGUUUUGUGCUCACAAAUCCAUCUGUAAAUUAUGGCGACGUGUUUCAGGAGCUUUCUUCUGUCAGCACUGUGACGUGUUUAAUAAAACUUGAAUUCUGCUCUGUA